AAAUAAGUCUCUGAGGUUUUACGAAGCUUCUCGUUGUUCAUUGUCGCUUUGGUCUGCUGAAAAUCGGUAACCAUACUUGGUUCCUCUUUCGAUUUAUCAUUGUGAAUUCACUAGACGAUUAGGGUUACGAUCAUCUACUCCUUCCUUUUUAAUUCCCUUUUCGUUUAUGCGAAAUCAUCAGACGAUUAGAAUCGAUUAUCCUACUCUCGUUGCAACGGUGGAGGAACUCCUGAAAGAUCAUCAGGAUCUGCUUCUUCGUUUCAAUGCCUUCUUUGCAGUUGAGCCUAAGAAAACAAUUCCUCCUGAGGCUAACAAAGGAGAUAGUAAAGGAAGUGUCUGUGCAAGGGUAAAGAGAGUCCUGAAAGGCCACCCGAAUCUGCUUCGUGGUUUCAGGGUCUUCGUUCCAGCUAGGUCUACGAUAACCAUCGCUUCUACCAAAGCUGAGCAACGAGCUGCGUCUGAUAAUAACAAAAGAAUACGUGUAGCAAAUUUCAUCACCAAGCUUAAGGCAAGGUUCCAGGGGGAUGAUCGUCAUGUAUAUGAGUCAUUUCUCGAGAUAUUGACAAUGUACCAAGAAGGAAACAAGUCCGUGAAUGACUUGUACCAGGAGGUGAUUGCACUUCUUCAGGGUCAUGAAGAUUUAGUCAUGGAGUUUGAAGACGUUUUAAAAAAACCUACUGAUCCAUCAGGAGUUGAUAACGGUAGUGUCAUUGCAAGAAUGACUGAACUCAUUAGAGGGUACCCGAAGCUGCUUCGUGGUUCAAGAGUCUUCUUGCCCGAGGCUGAGAUAACCAUCCCUCCCAAGGCUGAGCAACGCCCUGAGUCUGAUGGUGAUCAAAAGAAAUGUGCUGAUUUAGAGAAUCAUAUGAACAAGCUUGAGACAAGGCUUGAUACUCUUGUAUUUCCGACAAUGACUGAAAAGACUUAUGAGGGAAAGAAGUCGAUAAAGGAGCUGCACGAGGAGGUAGUCUUUUUAUCCGAGGAUAAGAUAACCAUCCCACCCAAGGCUGAUAGAACCAUCCCCUCCGAGGCUAACAAAACCAUCCCUCCUGAGGCGAACAAAGGAGUCGAUAAAGACAGUGUCAUUGCAAGGGUGGAGGAACUCACGAAAGAUCACCGGGAUCUGCUUCUUGGUUUAAGUGCCUUCCUGCCUGCGGCUACAAAAACAAUUCCUCACAAGGCUGAUGAGCUAACCAGCCUUCCUGAGGCUAACAGAGCCACCCCUCCCAAGGCUAGCAGAACCAUCCCUCUGAAGUUUAAGAUAACCAUUCCACCAAAGGCUAGAAGAACCAUCCCUUCUGAGGCUGAGAAACCUACACACUCUGAUGAAUUGAAUUUUAUGAACAAGCUUAAGACAAGGUUUCAGAGAAUUGAUAAUCAUGUAGUUGGGUCAUUUCGCUCGAUAAUGAAAAUGUAUGAAGAAGGAAAGAAGUCAGUAAAGGAUGUGCACGAGGAGGUCUAUGAUCUUCUCUAUUACCAUGAAGAUUUGAUAGAGGACUUCACCAGAAUCUUUCCUAAACUCGGAUCCUUUCGCAUCAACAUCUCUACUAGUACUACAUCAGUAGAUAGUAUGAGACUAAAAAUCGAUGAAGCUAAUGGCAGUGCAAUGAUGGCUGAAAUCAUUAAAGGGCACCCAAAUCUGCUUCUUCGUUUAGGUGUCUUCUUUCCCAAGUAUUCUGUGAACAAGCAUAAGGGUAAGAGAACCAUCCCUCCAGAUGAUGAGCAUGGUGGUAGUGCUGAGUCUAGUACUAACAAAAAAAACCGUGCUGCCAAUUUUAUGGAGAAUCUUGAGGCAAGGUUUCAGGGUGAUGGUGGUCAUGUAGUUAACUCAGUUCUCCAGAUAAUUAGGAUGUACACUAUUGAGGGAAACAAGUCCAAAAAUGAGGCGUAUCAUGAGGUCGUUGCACUUCUUCAUGGUCAUGUAGAUUUAAUCAUGGAGUUUGGCGAAUAUUUCAGUGAUAUACUGUCUCAGCCUAAAUAUGAUAAACUGUCUACGAUAACCAUCACUUCCCCCAAAGCUGAGCAACGGGCUGCAUCUGAUAAUAACAAAAGAAUACGUGUAGCAAAUUUCAUCACCAAGCUUAAGGCAAGGUUCCAGGGGGAUGAUCGUCAUGUAUAUGAGUCAUUUCUCGAGAUAUUGACAAUGUACCAAGAAGGAAACAAGUCCGUGACUGACUUGUACCAGGAGGUGAUUGCACUUCUUCAGGGUCAUGAAGAUUUAGUCAUGGAGUUUGCAGACGUUUUAAAAAAACCCACUGAUCCAUCAGGGUCAAAAUCUAAUGCCAAUUUUAUGGAGAAUCUUGAGGCAAGGUUUCAGGGUGAUGGUGGUCAUGUAGUUAAAUCAGUUCUCCAGAUAUUGAGGAUGUACACUAUUGAGGGAAACAAGUCCAAAAAUGAGGCGUAUCAUGAGUGUUCCGAAACCGAUAUUGAAGAAGAACCAUGGAGCUUACAACUACAAGGGAAAUGGAGGUGUAAUUAGGGUGAGCUCAUUUCUUGAUAUGGUUCCUUCGGGGGAUUUGUUUGGUUUAGGUUCGAUAAAUUUUGAUGGUGGAAGAAAGAAGAACAAGAUAAGAUCAAUGUUUUUUUAUUGGUAAGAAUGACAUUUUGUGGAGUUCAGUGAGUUUUAAUGUUUUAAUCUCUUCUCUGUUUCCUUAACUUUUGUAUUUCAGAAUAAGUAUGCGAUAUUGCGAUGUAUCAUUUCUCUUAAUUAAUACAUGAAGGAUUGUUUAUGAACGUCUCAAUAAAUCGUUUUCUUUAUU